GUUUCUCGUUCACUUUUCCGGUGGAUCAUCCAGGUUCCGUGCUUGUUCUCUGCGCGAGCUAAGGCCGAAUCGGCGACUUGCACUAUAAUUUUCAUCCAUCAAUUUGAAACCUCAACGAAAUAAUAAACACCAUGUCUUCAAAGGCCGAGCUUGCUUGCGUUUACGCUGCCCUCAUACUCGUUGACGACGAUGUCGCCGUUACUGGGGAGAAAAUUCAAACCAUCUUGAAGGCAGCUACCGUCGAGGUAGAACCUUACUGGCCUGGCCUCUUUGCAAAGUCCCUUGAAGGCAUCAACAUCAAGGACCUCAUCACCAACAUUGGUUCCGGAGUCGGUGCUGCCCCAUCAGGUGGUGCUGCUCCAGCUGCUGCUGCCCCUACUAGUGGUGAUGCUGCUCCAUCCAAAAAGGAAGAUAAGAAGGAUGAACCAGAAGAGGAAUCUGACGAUGACAUGGGAUUCGGUCUCUUUGACUAGUUUCAAAGCAUCGUGCUAUACAAGAUCUAUGAUGGAUCCAUUCCUUUUGUACAGUUAUAUUGUACACUGAUAAACCAAUAAAAAAUUGUAAGAACUUACAAUAAUUCUAUGUAAA